AUGGAAAGAAGGAAAGUUUAUGCUAAAAAACAAAGGGCUAAUGAAACUGUUGAUGCCAAAAGGUUUUGCCUAGAAAACAUGACUGCAUAUAGAAGAUCACAUAAUAUUUGUCAAUUUAAAUAUCUGAGUGAAUUUGAUUCCAUGAAAAAUGGUCCUUUGCAUGACCAAAGCUGGGCAAAAUGUAACAUGCAACAAUUUCAUAAAUCUGUGCAGUAUUCAAUUUUUCAGUGUACAGUUUGCAAAGAUGCAUGGCCAAUUACCAGUAAACCAAAAUCUGGUAGCUAUGUAUGCUUACGCUGUUCCAGGGAUAAAAACAAACCCAAAAAAUUUUCUAAUAGUAACAGCAUGAUUCCAGGAGCAGUACCUAUUGAGUUACAGGGCCUAACUCAAACAGAAGAAAUGCUUAUUGCUCGAGCUCUACCAAUAAUGAGGGUCUAUGUCAAACCGCAUGGACAAAGAGGGUAUUCUGGGCACUGCAUCAAUUUACCUCAACAUAUUGAAGAGCUUGCAUCUGUUUUGCCAAGAUAUAAGUCAGAAGAGAAAAAGUGUAUAAUGCAUUAUUAUGACUUGAGAGAUAAUCCACAUUAUAGAAAUGUGACCAUCAAUCAACAUGCUUUAGAGUCUCUGACAAUAAUGGCAUUCCAUCUGAUAUAACAACAGUUGAAUCUGAUAGUAAUAUCUUGUCAGAGGAAAUGAUAUUACCUGACUUAGGGCCUCCUACUGAUAAUGAUCAAGACAAGGUUUACAAUCAAUCUGCAGAAAUGAGUAGUUUUUUGCCAGCCUGUGAAAAACAAACACAAGAGGUGGAUGCAAUAAAAAAUCAGGUGUUUCCAAAUGAACCAAUCAAUUGGCCUACUGUAGAUGACCAACCUUUAAAUGAAUAUCAGACACCAUUUUUAGCGCCUGUUAGCAUUUCCUACGUUAUUUCCUGAUGGUACAGGGGAUCCAACAAAUCCAGGUAUUUUAAAAGACAUUCCCUUAGGUGAGAAGAUAAAACAUCUUAUUAAAUUUGCUGAUUAUAUAAAUGGCAAAUGGGUUUAUAGAUUUGGAAGUCAUCCUAGGUUUACUUAUUGGGCAUUGAACAUGAUACACAGAAAAAGAGUCUUACCGCAAAGUGGAAUAUUUUUUAAGCAAAAUCCAGGCGAGGCUCACUUGACGAUUGAUGAACUUCGUGAAAUGGCGUCAAGUGGUAACAGCAAUAUAUUUAUUUCUAAGAUAUCUCGAUAUGUAGCAAAUGUUGCUGGCUCAAAUGCCUACUGGUAUAAAGUGAGAGAAGAUCUCAAAGCCAUUGUAACAACUGUUGGUGCUCCUACAUACAUUUUCAUCAGCUGA